UUCGUUGUAUCGUUUGCACGUAAAAUAUCGGCAAUAACGGUGGAAAAACAAGCAAACAAGUCGAGUCCUGUACAACUUGAAUUUUCCUGCGCCGUAUGCAGUUUUAUCCCAUUGCGAAGCCAUUAAACGUAAUUAAAAUGCGACGAAACUCGUUUACCAGUAGUCUUCUUCUUUGCGGUUGAGUCGCCCGAUUUUACGAUCCUGCUUUGGUGAAGAUGCGCGCGAGUGUAGCAGUUUUAUUUAUAGUUUUCGGGGUCCUCGAAUGGGUUUCGACUGGAGACGGGGCCGACUUGAUCCUGCAAAACUUAAACCAUCAAUGUUUGAGAUGUCUUUGUCACGUCGCUACCGGGUGCGACUUGACGAUGGGCUGCGUCAAGGGCUAUUGCGGCCCUUACAAAAUUAGCAAGAUAUACUGGAAGGACGCGGAUGAAGUGACCCUCCCUGACGACGACAAAGAGAGAGCUGGAGCUUAUGAAGACUGCGCAAUUUCAUACAACUGUGCCCAAAAACUGGUGGUGAAUUAUAUGUCAAAAUAUGGACGGGACUGCAAUGGAGACGGCGUAACAAACUGCGAGGACUACAUGAUGAUAAACUUCAACGGCGGAGUUCAGUGCCAGACUCCGAUGAACAGGAGCGAAAUCGCCAUUCAGUGGGUGACAAAAUUCAAAAUGUGCAACCCGCUUAGUCACAUCUGGAUUUAAGAGACAAUUUUCCAGUUUUGAAUAGUUUUGUUUUGCUUUUUGGUCCAUUAUUAAUGGCUAGUAAAUGGCCUAUUGUAGUGUAUCAUUCCAGGCGAAUGUCAGUUGCGGAUAGAUCAAUUAAAGUCGGUAUUGACGAUUUUACAAGUCGAUGAGAUCAGAAAAAAUGGCGGAAAAAAUGUUAAUCAAAUUAGGAAAUAUAAAAAUUGGAAUGCUUGCUUUUAUACGAAUUUCACGUUUGCGCUGUGUGAUUUAUGCCGAUAUUACUUUAAAAACUAAUUAGUUUGAUAUCGUUCAAGAUUCGGUGUGUUUAUGGAUUCUAGUAAUUUAGAAAAAUAAAAUUAUGACACAUGGAUAGAGUUAUUAUGAUUUAAAAAUGAUUUAAACAAUUUAAAAUCGAUGCUUCAUUAUUUUCUUUUUCUUUUUUCGUAGGAUCGUUUGAAACCAACACUUAAAGUAAACCUAAAAAAAAAUAUUUAAUAUUUUUACUUGCAAUUUCCAGGGCCUCUUUAAUGACACAAGAGGCUUCUUUUACCGGGGU